AUGUUGUCGUUACCCGCUCAUUCUUCCGGCUCUCGCAUGGUUCAUCGCUCGACAUCCCGGCCUCUACUUCCAUUCGCUCCCGCCCCCGCUCUACCAGAUAGCCAACUCGACGCUUCAUAUAAACCCUCCGCUCAUUCAAACUCAUUUUCAUCAUCUCAUUCACCAAAUCUCAGGACCAGUCCCUCGAAGCCAUCUUUGAAGAUCAGCCUUCACAACACCACAUCUCACAAUCACUCGCGCAGCGAUCUGUCCGAUUCUGACAUCAAAGCGCCUUCGUUCCACUGUGCAGCAUCCCCCGCAUCUAUCAAUGACGGGGCCACUACCAUCCGCCCUAUGAACAUUCACUCAAAAGUCAAACAAGUUUCCAUGCAAGACCUCCGUCGGGCCAUAAGCAACAUCGAAUCUCGGCCCGAAUCUACCGCAGGAGCAUCUUCUUAUCCUAAUCGAGAAUCGCCUGGACAGUAUCCGUACAAGACUUGGUCGGACGACGUCUUUGAAGGGCUUCGGCGGUUGGGAGAAGGCGUCGGAGGAGCUGUUCAUGAAGUGAAAGACACUCGAACUGGGAUAGUAAUGGCUAGAAAGACCAUCCCGACACACGAGGCGCCGAUGAAACAGCUUUUCCGAGAACUCUCCAUGAUCACCAACAUCUCACACCCGAACAUUGUCCACUUCUAUGGGGCAUACAUGUCGCCUUCGUCGAGUGAAGUGAAGGUCGUCAUGGAGGUGUGCGAAGGAAGAUCGCUGGAAAGUGUCGGAGAGCGCAUCAAAAGGCGCAAAGGCCGAGUUAGCGAGAAGGUUGCUGCACGCCUGGCUGAGGGGAUCCUGCAAGGCCUCGCAUACCUUCACUCAAUUAAAAUCAUCCAUCGCGAUAUCAAACCUUCAAACAUCUUGCUAUCCAAGGAGGGGUCUGUCAAAUUAUGUGACUUUGGCGUGUCCGGUGAGCUCGUCAAGUCCCAGGCGGACACGUUCACGGGUACUUCAUGCUACAUGGCUCCUGAGCGCAUCUUAGGUCACGAAUAUUCCAUCCGUGCUGAUGUGUGGUCAGCAGGCCUAUCCAUCCUGGAGCUCCUGCAAAAUCGAUUCCCCUUCCCCAAGGAUUUACCGCCAAUCGACCUCAUGGUCCACAUCAGUGAGAGCGAGCCUCCCCGUCUGGAAGACGAAACCAGUACACGUUGGAGUGAUGCUAUGAAAGAUUUUAUCAGGAUCUCUUUGACGCUUGAUCCUGCCUCACGCCCGGUACCACGGGACAUGCUGAUGCAUCCAAUGAUCGUUAAAGUCGUGAAAGCAAAAGUUGACAUGGCCCAGUGGAUCAGCCAAGUCUGGAGUUGGAACACACCCAGGUCUUUCCAGACCUCUAAGGAAAACGUCCCUUGCAGAGAAAGGGCAUCUCUUAAAUGA